CCUGGGACUGUGGGAGGAUAAACUGGCUUCCACUCCUGCCUGCCAGCUCCUUCCCGGCUCGGGAGAGGCUGCCACCAGGAGGGGCCCGUCUAGAAAGGAGCUGUCGGCACCAGACCAUCCACUCCCCCCGGAGGAGAGGCUGGGGCCCCCGGCUCUGGCAUCUGGAGGAGCAGCCCCUCGAACUGGUUCCUCACUCCCACAGGGAGGACGAGGCAGACGGAGGGCAAAGGAUCUUACUCCCCGCCUGGGCCUGGUGUCCGGGGAGUGGCCGGGCUCCGAGCAUCCAGGUACCCCGGGCAGGCUGUGAGCCCGCGCGCCAGAGAAGGGGGAGAAGUCCAUGGACCCGAACACCUGGGUCCAGCAUCGCGUUCAGCGCUAGAAGUCCACGUCCACGGAAGGAUGCCGCUGCUGGGGGCCAGCCCUUGGAGCCAGUCGGGGGAAGCGGCAUGGAGGGGAGGGCUGCCGAGCCUUGGGACCUGGAGUUCGAGAUUCCGGGGGCGGCCGGAUGUGGACUGCACUUGCGGACGGCUCGCUGCAGUCUCUCCAAGCCGUCUGCGGAUCUGCCAUCCACCAGAAGCUCAGCCAUGUGGGCCCCCAGCCGCCGGCAGCUCUGUCUGACCUUCCUGCUAGUCUGUGUUCUUUCAGCCGUCUUCUUCCUCCACAUCCACCAAGACCUCUUUCACAGUGGCCUGGACCUGACUGCCCUGUGUCCGGCCCGCCACCUGCUGACACCCCCUGUGGCCAUCUUCUGCCUGUCGGGCACGCCGAUGGGGCCCAACGCCUCCUUUCCCUGUCUCAAGCCCCCUGCCUCGCUCUCAGGAAUAUGGACCAUCUACCCAGAUGGCCGCUUCGGUAACCAGAUGGGGCAGUACGCCACGCUGCUGGCCCUGGCCCAGCUCAACGGUCGCCAGGCGUUCAUCCUGCCUGCCAUGCACGCCGCGCUUGCCCCCGUGUUCCGCAUCAGCCUGCCCGUGCUCGCCGCUGAGGUGGACAGCCGCACGCCGUGGCGGGAGCUACAGCUGCACGAUUGGAUGUCGGAGGACUACGCACACUUGAAGGACGCCUUCCUGAAGCUUACGGGCUUCCCCUGCUCCUGGACCUUCUUCCACCAUCUCCGCGCCCAGAUCCUCCGGGAGUUCACCUUGCACGACCACCUACGGCAGGAGGCCCAGGGUCUCCUGAGCCAGCUCCGCUUGGGCCGCGCGGGGGACCGCCCUCGCACCUUCGUGGGGGUCCACGUGCGCCGUGGAGACUACCUGCAAGUCAUGCCCCAGCGCUGGAAGGGGGUUGUGGGCGAUCGCGCCUACCUCCAGCAGGCUAUGGACUGGUUCCGGGCCCGGCACGAAGCCCCCGUCUUUGUGGUUGUCAGCAAUGGCAUGGCCUGGUGUCGGGAGAACAUCGACACCUCCCGUGGGGACGUGAUCUUUGCUGGCGAUGGGCAGGAGGGCUCGCCGGGGAAGGACUUUGCGCUGCUCACGCAGUGUAACCACACCAUCAUGACCAUUGGGACCUUCGGUUUCUGGGCCGCCUACCUGGCUGGUGGAGACACGGUCUACCUGGCCAACUUCACCCUGCCUGACUCCAACUUCCUGAAGAUCUUUAAGCCAGAGGCUGCCUUCCUGCCCGAGUGGGUGGGCAUUAAUGCUGACUUGUCUGCACUCCAGUCGCUGGCGGGGCUGUGAGCAUCAGGGAGACUUUCUGGAAUCGCUGAUCAGUCUUGGGGUGGCAUUUACCUGGCAGCUUCUGGGGAAACCUACUGGAGCCCCACAGCCAGUGCCCCCCCCACCCCAUUUCUAGAGCAGUUCUAGCUGGCUAGACUUUGAGAGAAAGGAGGGCUCUCUGUAGCUGUCUGGACAUUUUAGAAUCAGCAGAAGAUCUUUUCCUGUGGGUUGGCAAUGCCCAGAGAGGCUCGUAUCAGUUCUAGAAGGCAGCGCCUACCUGUUCAUUCCAGCCCAUAUCCAGAGUACUUUCUGGAGGGCUGCACCCAAGCCCAGGCAACUCCCCUUUCGAAUGUUGCCCCUGGUCUUCUUAAGAAGAGAGGUCCAGUCCCCAGGAUUGAGGGAAUUUGUGGGUGUCCUAGAGCAAGCACCCACCAACUCCCGUUCUGUGUUUCUGGAGUCAUUCUAGAGAGCCCCAGUUCGAGUACCUGUGGAGAAUCCUGCAGGGAUCUUCCAGAGGGGUGGGGUUCUGGAAUUCCAGGAGAAUCUCAGGAAGGUACAAUCCAAAUCUUAACGCCUCAACCACUGCUGGGAAUAUGGGUAGAAGACAGAUUAUGUGUAGCUGAGAGCCGACCCGAAAUCUGUCUGACCUCUCAGCCCCUGAAAAGAAAGACCAAGACUCUUUUUUGAGCAGAUGGAUGAAAACGUGGGAGGUGGCGGGAGGGGGACAGCUUCAGAAGUGUACCCAGUUCUGGAGCGAAGUUUUUCAGAAAUGUGGGAACACUCUUCAUUUUUCUUUAAGCUCAAAAACUGCCAAAGACAAGCACCCCACAAGGCGGGUCUGAGUUGAGGUGGCCCCUCCCAAUUACGCAAGUUUCCUCCUCUGCCUCCCCUCCCCCUGCCCCCUCAUCCCCCCUACCACCACUGGGCUGGGGGUGUGCGGGUUGGGGGGGGUGAAGGGGUGAGGGGUGGGGAGGGGUGAUGGAAUCCAUUUUCUGGAAUUCAGCCAGCAUGAAUGUUUCCUUCUGCCUUGCAGAAAGCGCCUGGCAUUGUGCCCCUUGCCAACCCUGGUGUGCCCCUUGCCAACCCUGGUCUGCCCCUGAUAUCACAGAACCACUAAAUCUGGCUUCAGGUUUGAAACAAAUGGAGGGUGUGCAGACCCUCAGCAGUUCUCAGACCCAGGCUGUCCUCAGACCCAGGCAGAAAGGAAUGCAGGGUCUGGCCAAGGAGGAUGGGAUUCUGGACUCAGAUUCCAGGAACCCCUUGAGGCUUUUGGAAGGGGGUGAAGGUGGCCUGCUAGCUUUAUUACAGACAACUCUGAUCACAUCUCCUGUCCACCCAGAAGAACGCAGACCCCUUUUUCAGUCUUCCUAAGGGAGUUUUGAGGGAUCAUUCCCGAUUCGGCUGCCACAGGUGGGGGAGAGGGAGGUAUGAAUUAAAAGUCCACAUCGCUAACACCUGUC